UUGGAGACAACCCAAAAAGAUGAGGAAGAUCUUGAGCACCCCUAAGAUUUCCUUCAAAAACAAAAUCGGAACCAGAAAUAGGUACUCAGUAAUCAGCAGGGCUGGAAGAGAGCAGAUGAAAUCCAUCACAUUGGAGAAGUUAGAGAAUAUUCGGCCUCAGAAAGACUUAAAAAUCACCCCUGCACCUUUUAUUAUCCAAAAGAAAUCUCAAAGGCCUAAGAUCAAUCGGAGAAGGAAUCUCUCUCUUGAGCCUCCAAAGAAGACAGCAGAGAUCUUCCUUACAAACUACUUCAAAGAAAAUAAGGCUAAAAUAAGAGAGUAUCAGAUUGAUUACAUCAAAGAUAUGCUUGAGGAUAACUUUCAUGAUUCAUCAGUGGAAAAUACCCAGCGUAGUAUCCCUGAGAAAUAUGUAGGCAAGAAGGCAUUACAGGAAUAUUAUAAGAAAUACCAGAAGUUCAACCGGUACUCUGACAGAAUUGAGGACUCUCCUGUCAAAAAGUACAUGUCAAGACUGCAUGAUUCCAACUUGCCAGCUAUUGCUAUCCCAAUGAUUAAGAGGAGAGGCAGCCAGGAGGAAAUGAACCUCAAGAAUUUACACCUUGGAAAACAAUACAUUUCAGCUCUAAGCAGCUCAAUGCAAGGACUUGAUUUAAAAUAACGUCAUUGUCUCAGGAGUGAAAAAUAAUGAACAAGGCAUCUCUGAAAUGUUUGAAAACCUUCCUAAAGGAGUUCAGAGCUUAGAUGCCUCUAGUAGCUCCAUUGGUUUACAAAGCCUGGAUAAUUUAUAUUUUUGGCUUAGUAAGGGAUAUAAGAAAUCAAGCUUGAAGCUUAGGCAUCUUAAUCUGAGCAACAACAAAAUUACUGAUUCUUUGGGAGAAAGAUUCUUUACAAAAAUGAUAUCAAUAGAUACAAAUAUCAAGGCUCUGAAUCUUAGUAAAAAUCUAAUUGGGAAUAAGACCAUUACAAAGAUGGCUGAAUGGAUCGAAGGAAACCCUUCUUUGAAAGUUCUCAACCUCAGCUGGAACAGGAUCGGUGAAUCAGGAGCUGUGGAAUUCCUUUCAGCUAUAUGCACUCUAACUUUAAGAGACCUCAAUCUAGCUUAUAACCGAAUUGGCCUUGGUGGAUCUACGCUUGCAGUAGAAGCUCUUUUAAAAUUGAUAAAUGAAGGAUAUCUCCGCCAUCUUGAUAUCAGUUAUACAAAUCUUGACCAACAACAAUGUAAAAUUUUUGGUGAGGGGAUUAAAGAGAACCAUACCUUGUUUGGACUCCAUAUGCAAGGGAAUCAAUGUUAUAUCGAUUCGCAUGGAUUUCUCAGACAAGAUGUGCAAGCUCAUAUUACUAAAUAUUGUGACUCCUCAUUGAUGUUCCCUCAUUCAGUCAAUGGGCAUUCCUCAGUAGUAAGCCUCAAGUCAAAAGGACAAUUCGUAUAUGAAACAAAAUGAUGGAUCUGAGAAGGGUGGUCUGAGAAGACAUUUGUUAUAAAAUAAUGGGAGAUCUAUGAUAAAUCUUUCAGACCCUGUAUAUAUCCAUUUCAAGUUUAAUAACUAUGAAGCAGAGUUCAUGAAAAAAGUUCCAAAUAGCAGUACAGGACUCGCAAGUUACGAAUAUACAUGAAUGGUGCCUCCAGGAAGGAUAAAUUACUUUUUUAGCUCUAAUAAAUAUCCCUAUUUUGCUAGGGAUCAUCCAAUCCAAAGGGAAAGACUGAUAGCGACUGAUAUUCAGGUUUAUGACACUAAGAAAUCAUUUAUAAUGAGUAAAUACAAUUAUGAUUGUAUUGAUCAGUCCCCAGUUCUGGAUGACAACUACCAAUCAGUUUUAAAGGAAUGAUAUCCAAGAAAGAAGAAAGAGGUCUAUGUGCCGAUAGACCAUGGUGUUGAGAGACCUCCUUGGAAGUUUGAAGAGUCCGUAUUCGCUCAUUACCAGCCUGAAACACAAGACUUAAUCGACCAAAUCUUUGAGUGUGACUGGAGCAUGAUCUCUAGCAAAAAAUUUAAGAUACCUGAGGAAGGAAUUGCUGUGAAGCAAAUUUUAAAGGAGAAUUAUUGGAAAAUUCUUGAAAUUUAUAGGUAUCAGUCUGCCAUCGGCACUACCAUAGGAUCUUCUUGUUUCUCUAUAUCUUUAAACCAGUUCACUGAGUUUGUCAAGUCGACUGGGAUCCUUGGUAUGAAAGGAAUCAAUCAGAGUGAAAUCGAUACUAUUUUCAUCAUUUUGAACAAGCGGUAUAAGAAGACUGAGCUUAACCCAGGAAAUGCUGUUAUUCGUUUCCAAUUUCUAGAAGCCUUGCUUAAGCUUAGCCAACGUAAAGCAUUCAAUAGCGUGAAAGCAAUUGAGAUAAUCAGAGAUUUUAUUGAGAAUUGUGUCAUCCCUACACACAAACAGCCAAUUGCCCAGGAAUGGAGAGAAGAAAGAUACUGGAAUGAGUUCGUAGAUAAUGUUUACAAAGCCCAUGAAGACCUCUUCAAGGAGGUAUAUAGAGCCUAUUCUGGCUCAAAGUCACUCCCUGGCCAAGCAAGGUUCAUGGACGCAACAGAGUUUGAUAAUAUUUUCUCAGAUUCUUGCCUCCAGAAUGAGAGGAUAUCAAAUAGAGAAGUCAACGCUUGCUUCUCUUUAGCCAUGCAAAGUCAGAUUGAUGAAAUAAAAUCAGCUAGGUUCAUGCAGAUGAAUUAUAUUGAGUUCUUAGAAGGACUAGCGAGGUUAGCAGAUAUCAUAUCUCUUCCUCCUCCUUCUGAGGAAUAUAAGAUGAAAUUCCAGACUUUACUUGAGACUAAGAAAACAGUUAGAGGUUCCUCAUCGAUCAGGCCAAAGGCUGAAGAGAUUUCUGAAGAGGAUGAAGAAGAGAAGAACUUUUAUGGAAUGAGUCUUGUUGAUCGAAUCUCUCAGCCAUUACAUAAGAAGAUUGAGAAUAUCCUUCCAAAUCUUCUGUUGAACUGCACGACUAACAGAUUCAAGAAGCAGUGGGUAUGGCCUACUAAGCACCCAGACUACGACCUUUAUGAAAAUAAGAACUAUAAAGUAAAUGUAAUCCAGAAGAUUAUAUCCAAGAAUAUCAGUAAGACAUUCUUCCAGAUGUUAGGAAUUGAGAAGAUAGUUAAAGAGGCCGUUCGGAGGAAGAGAGAACAGCUGCAUACCUCCCUUGCUUUCAUUUCUACUUAAACACCCUUUAAUUCAA